AUGUUAUUGAACUUUCGUGCACAUCUCGUCCUGCCUUUUUCUCUGCCAAAGGAACUUUUUUUUUUCUUUUUUGUGUGUAUGUUUUCACCCAAAGAGCACAAGCGCUGCCGGAGUAUUCCUGGGAACUCUCUGACCUCCCACAGGACUAUUUUCACCCUGCGAGAAAUGGAACACGCUGGGAAGAAAAGAGGAAUUGUGAUCAAAGACGACUGGACGGGAUACAGUCUGGACUUGUUCACCUACCCGGAGCACUACCGCCACGACAUCGACAACGUUUACAUUCCACACGGAGUGGUCGUGAACAGGACGGAACGGCUGGCCCGCUACAUCGUGGAGGACUUUGCGGACGACAACAUCGUGGUGCUGUGCGUGCUGAAGGGCGGCUACGAGUUCUGCGUCGACCUGGUGGAGUGCAUCAAGGUGCUGGGACGCAACUCCAACAAGUACCUGGAGACCCGCGUGGAGUUCAUCCGCCUCAAGAGCUACCUGAAUGACCAAUCAACAGAAGAUCUGCACAUCAUCGGCAGCCGAGAUCUGUCCUUCCUGCGCGGAAAGAGCGUGCUCAUUGUUGAGGCCAUUGUUGACACAGGCAAGACAAUGAAGGCCCUUCUGAAGCAUGUGGUGACCUUUCAACCCAAGAUGGUCAAGGUCGCGGGUCUGCUGGUGAAGAGGACGCCCAACGUGGACGAGAACCUGACUGACUACGUGGGCUUCGAAAUCCCCAACCGCUUUGUGGUGGGCUAUGCGUUGGACUACAACGAGUACUUCCGUGACCUGAACCACAUCUGUGUCAUCAGUAAGAUCGGCAAGCAGAAGUACAAGAAAUUGACACACGAAGGAGAAAGCGGAGCAGACGAGGACGUUGGUGGCAGAUGGCGAGAGAUUAUUCAAGUUGGCAUCGUCCAGGGCCCGCUCUGACUCAUGGAAAACACACACACAUGCGCAUAGACAAACAUGAUAUGCUUGUUCAGUUAUGAGCAGGCGCCUCACCAAUCUGAUCAAAUCAGACAACACCGUUGAAUUGUUUUUCAAGGAAUUCCAUGUCUAUGUUUUCUGUUAUUCACGCACUGCGCGGGCGAGAAGAGAGUUGUUUAAGGAGAUGUAUUGUGCAGUUUGUCACAAUUGAAAACAGUUCCCGGUCUUAAUAAAAUGUCAGUGAUGAGGGGCAUUUUGAGAAACCCUGGGGGCCCUGGCAAGAAGGAGCAUUUAUUAAAAAAUAAAAAAGCAUCUGUUAAAAAGUUGACAUAUAAAAUGAAAACCGACCGACACGGAAAGCAUACAUUCUCAUAGUAGCUAAAAAAACAACCUGAAAUGUGAAAUGUCCACCCCUCACUUCUACAUAGUUCCUUGUCACCAAAAGUGCACCAAAGCCAUACUUUUAGAUUUAGACAGGGCUUUGGUCUCAGCACAAAAACAGCAAAAAUGUGAGGUUUUUUUUCUGUGAAUAAUGGAAGAUAAGUAAAAAAAAUAAAAAAAUAAAAAAUAUAUAUAUAUAUAUAUAUCAGCAGGCGGCACAGUGGACGACUGGUUAGAGCGUCUGCCUCACAGUUCUGAGGACUGGGGUUCAAUCCCCGGCGCCGCCUGUGUGGAGUUUGCAUGUUCUCCCCGUGCCUGCGUGGGUUUUCCCCUCCCACAUCCCAAAAACAUGCAUGGUAGGUUAAUUGACAACUCUAAAUUGCCCGUAGGUGUGCAUGUGAGUGCGAUGGUUGUUUGUUUAUAUGUGCCCUGCAACCAGUUCAGGGUGUACCCCGCCUCCUGCCCGAUGAUAGCUGGGAAAGGCUCCAGCACGCCCGCGACUCUGUGAGGAGAAGCGGCUCAGAAAAUGGAUGGAUGGAUAUAUAUCAGAUAAAAGGUAGAAAUGUACUUAGUUUGAAUUCUGGGCCUGUUUAGUUGAACACAAAGCUACAAAUGGAUACACCACUUAAUUGUACUCUCUGCCAUCUACUGGAAGGGCAUCUCAUGAUUCGGCCUGUCGCUGUACGCCGUUAACGUAGAUACGGUGGAUAUAAAAAGUCUACACACCCCUGCUCAAAUGGCAGGUUUUUAUGAUAUAAAAAAUGGAGACCAAGAUGAAUCAUUUCAAAAAUGUUUCAACCAUAAAUGUUUUUCUAUGUCACAAAAACCGAGCAUUUCAACAAGGGUGUGUAGACUUUUUAUAGCCACUGUAUAUAAUACAGAGCUUUAGCCUGAGCUCAAAAACUGAAUUAGGAGCACUAGGUGAAUUCACAACUAGUGAAUUAAGAUUUAUAAUGAAAAAAAAAAACAACAACUAUAAUUUCCGGACCAGUUGGCAUUUGGGAUUGACCGCUGUAAACAAACAAAGUUUGCUGUUUUGGACCCUUUUGUAGUUGUCGCCCCGCCUCGGGGGGUCGUGACCCCUCAGAAGAGGACCCUAAGUGGACAUGAAAACUGAGCAAACACGCUUCAAACAUCUCAAGAAUGUUUUGUUUUGGUCGUCGCGGCGACUGAGAGUCAGUGACGCGUGGCGUCCGUACUCUCUUGACUCUUAAUCACCUGAAAAAGGCACAAUGGGGCGAGUCGGCCUACAGAUCGCUGAGAUUGUGCUCGCUCAUUUGUUGUUAUUUUGCGGCUACGAGUUCAAUCAAAUUGCAACGAAAACACAACGCGGCGCGUUAAAGCGGCUGCCAGAUGACUUGUUGUUUGGCUAAGAGUGGUGCGCGGGCCGACAAAAGAGAUUUGGGAGGAGAUUUCCAGAGAUCUUUACAUUUCUGCUUUGGCUCCAAACUUGCCCAUGACCCUUCAAGUUGCGAGGGAGGCCGAGUGAUAAGAAAAGCAGGCAAAAACUUCUGCUUCCUUAUCGGAAAACUUCAGACCACGGCGGCGGCAAAAGCCCUUUAAGGAGCUCAUUUCAUGGACUUUCAACUAUGAACUUUUUUAAUGACUGGGGGAGUUUUCAUAUACAGUAUAUGGCUCAUUUUCAUAUAAUUUUAGCAAUAACGGUAAACACAUCGCACUGAAUUUCCUAUUGAAAAUCUAUUAAUGUUAGUGAUGAGUAUUCUAGUUAUUGGCAGUUGUUAUCCAUCAAAAGGUUCUAACUCUUUCCAAGACCAAAAACUAUUCUAAAGUAAUAUUUUUAAAACUUUUAAUGGCAAAAUGUCUUUACCGUUAGGUGUCCCAAAGGAAACGUUUUGUCAAGAUGCUAAUGACAUUUUUGGAUGUAUCGGAUUUUUCUCUGCUUGCUUAAAAAGAACACAAAUGCGUCUUUGUGUCGAAAGAGUUCCUUUAUUUUUGCUUCUUUUUACAAAUGCCACUGUAGCUGUCUUUACCGUUAAUGGCACUGGAGAGAGCCUCAUGAUGUUGUUGCAAUACACCAGAGGGAUCUGAGAUGAUUGCGUUCACACAGUAGCAGAACGCAAAAAAAAAAAGUUAUUUCUGAGACGACUUUGUGCUGGCAUGAUUGAUUUGCAGUUUGGACGCGGAGGUGUAAACAUCUCAGAAGUCUUGCGAUAACGCUCCCAAAAGUAGAUAUGUUGCUCGUCGCUUUUUUCAAGAAAACUGCUAAAUACAGCCACAAAAGUUCCUAAGUUGCAACGAAAUCCGUAUUUGACGUUUGCAUGGAACAGAUUCGCCCCUCCAAAACUGAUUUCCACCAGAUUGUAAAAAGCGCUCGAUAUAUUUCUUUAGCCUUUGUGUAUUUUGUCACAAGAAUGUCAGAAAGCUUUUAUUAAAACACCUGGGAACACCUUUUUUUUUGUUAAAUAUGCAUUGUAUGUCUCCUUGAACGUGGCCCAGCCCUAAUGCUGGCACGGGAACCCACAGGUGCCAUAGUGUGGAUCGGUGAAAAAGAGACGGCCUUCGCAAUCGGCGGCGGCGGCUUUGUAGGCGAGAGAACAGGAAGUAAACUCCUGCCCCCGUCGUACAAAGAGAACAAAACGGGAAUCAUACGUUGGAAUGAAGACUUUGUCAUCCGCAGCUCCAUUUGAUUUCCUGACGCACGUUUGAGCCCUGAAAGCUACUUUUCACUGCACCGCUACCUCCGCGGAGAAGCUGAAUGUUUUUCUCGCGAAGCCAUUGUGAGUCACCUUUUGGGGGCUUCGACAUGCUCGGAAAUUCAUCAAUUUCACCGAUCACUAGCGGCCUUGGGAAAGCUCGAAAAAAUGAGCCCCGGAUUUCACUGAUCAACGCCAAAAUGGGUGCAAAGGUCGAACACGUACAGCAAAAUGUCUCAUGGACCCAUGCUUGGAAUUGAACAGGAAGUUAGACAUUUUGGUUUGAAGCAGCUAGUUUAGCUGAAAGUAGAAAAAGUUGAUCCCGUAUUUAAGAGUUUUGUUUUUUGUUUUUGUUUCCUUAUAGAGGGCUCCCAUUUCUUGAGAGUGAGAGAAAUAGAACAGAUACUAAGAAUACUUGAAAAAGUGUUUCAAAAUGUUGGAGUGUGCUUUCCUACAUUUAAAUGUUUUUUUUUAGCAUGUGGUGGGGGGGAAACUAUUGAAAAACAUCAGCACAACAACUACAAGAGGGCCGUGACCCACGUCUUCUUACGCCAUAUUUCAUCCUUCUAGUACAGCUUUUCCAACCUUUAUUGAGCCGCCGAGGCUCUUAUUUUACCUUGGAAAAAUCUCACCAGAACUAAAUGCCACAAAAUCUAUAUUCAGAAAUUUGGUUCACGGCUCACGUAUUCCCUUCUUCAGGUUUUUGUCUGUUUGUCUUUAUUUUGUCCCCCCAUUCAUUGAAAAGGCUUUUGCCAUUUGGCAGCGUUUGUGCUCUGUGCUACCAUAACCUUCUUUCAAUAGGAAAGUAGUACUUUGGUAGUAAUUAACUCACAAAUGGACUUACUCGGGUGAAAUCUGGGCCAGUUCAUGAACACAAAGCUAGUCUUCUGUUGUGUGAAUGGAUCCGCAGGUUGACCGGAUCUUCUGCCAUCUAGUGGAAGAGAAAGUCAUUGUGCCGCCUGACACUAUAGGUUACCGGCAUAAAUAGAUCAACAAAGAGCUCAUAAAAUAAUCUGCUAAUUAUUUUGGAUGUAUAAUAAGAAAUAGAUUUGAAAAUUAAACAACUCUUUAUUUAUCAUGUUAAUCAGUGAGUUUGAUUUCUUGUAAUCAAAUAGUUAAAAAAUGAAAUUUUCUCAUUAAAAAAAAAAACAAUUUGACCUAUUGUAACUGUUUUCUACUUCGUGUAUGAAUGAGCCGGGCGGCAGCUGUCCAACUUUAAAAAAGCGAAGUGAAAUUGGAUGGUUUUGUGCGGCGUGCCUUCCUUCAACGGUAUGACGUCAUUCGUAUGACGUGCCCAACGAACUGUUUUGGCGCACUCUUUGCGUGUUUGUCAGCACUUGCCGCACGACGCUGCUCGCAUGGCUUCAAGUUGUCUAUUGUGUAAAAACGGGGUCUUUUUUUUGGGGGGGGGUAGACAAUAGCGCUCCGGCCCCCCUGAAACCGGCCUUGCAGCGGAACGGGUCAAAGGAGGUCCCAUUGUCCCGUCGUCUAUUGUGCUGCCCGAGGGGCCCGCAAACGGAACACUGCCAGCCUUUGUCUUAGUCUGCAUCAGCUGUGCGCACCGCCACUGCAAAACGACCAGUCUCUCAGAAAUAGGCUUUUUCAGCCAUAUGAAUGUGUGAAAAUAGUUGCUUAUCACAAUUUCUCAAUGAUUUCUCAUUUCAAAAUCAUUCCGUUGUUAAUGAUGCGGUCGGUGUUCGGGUGCGCGAGUGAUUGACACCCCCCCAAAAAAAACUUACACUUGCCACAAGAUGGCAGCAAAGCACUACUUUUGUAUUUGACAGGACUAUGACC